AUGUACGGCCUCGUGAAAUCCGAUAAGAAAGCCGCGAAGAUUUGGAAGCGCGCCGUGGAGCUCGGGGAUGUGGACGCGAUGGUAUUCCUGGGGGAAAUGUACCUGUAUGGGGAAGGCGUCAAGCUGGACAAGAAGAAGGCGGAGCGGCUGUUUCGCAUGGCCGCGGACCGGGGCGACGCAGACGCGCAAAACGACUUAGGGAAUUUGCUUCGUCCUGAGAAGAAAUACGAAGAAGCGUUCCGGUACUACGCGCUCGCGGCGGAUCAAGGCUAUACCGAAGGAGAGCUCAACCUUGGCAUUUGUUACCAUUAUGGAAAAGGCACGGAAGUCGACCUCGGCAAAGCCAGAUACUGGUUCGAGCGCGCCGCUGCCAAGGGCGACGAGGAUGCUAGAAAGAAGCUCGCGCGCCUCGACCGACGCGCAAGGUUUUUACUUGAUUCUGAGGAGAAAUUUGAAGAGGCGGUCCGGUACUACGCGCUCUCGGCGAAUCAAGGCUAUACCUAUGCGGAGAAUAGCCUUGGCUGCUGUUACAUGGACGGAGCAGGCACGGAAGUCGACCUCGGCAAAGCCAGGUACUGGUUCGAGCGCGCCGCUGCCAAGGGCCACGAGAAUGCUAUACAGAACCUCGCGCGCCUCGACGCGCGAAAAGCCGCGAAGAUUUACCGGCGCGCCGUGGAGCUCGGAGAUGUGCGGGCGAUGACACGGCUUGGGGGGUUGUACCGGACUGGAAGUGGCGUCAAGCUGGACAAGAAGAAGGCGGAGCGGCUGUAUCGCACGGCCGCAGAUCGGGGCGACGCGUUCGGACAAACCAAUUUAGGGACUUCACUUUACUCUGAGGAGAAAUUUGAAGAAGCGUUCCGGUACUACGCGCUCGCGGCGGAUCAAGGUCUUACCUCUGGAGAGUUUUGCCUUGGCUGCUGUUACAAGGACGGAGCAGGCACGGAAGUCGACCUCGGCAAAGCCAGGUACUGGUUCGAGCGCGCCGCUGCCAAGGGCUACGAGGAUGCUAUAAGGAACCUCGCGCGCCUCGACGCGCAAGUAUAG